UGCACCUCAGCUAGCAAGAUAGAUAGAUAGCACACACAGCUGGUGCUGGUCCUGAAUGCUUGGCUGGGGCCUGGGAGGGCAGUGAGUUGGCUCUGCCUAGAGAGGGGCUGGUGGUGCUCUGCUGGAGCUGCUGCUGAACAAUCCCUCAUUGCUGCGAGAUGACUAACGUUGGAGAGCUGAUUGCGCCACUGAAUGCAGGCCGGUGUGUGGGCAUCCAGAUAAUCAACAACACCAGAGAUGUGACCCUCGAGAACCCCAGGACUUACUGUUUCAGCGGCCGUGUUGCGAAAGACCCUGUGUCCCCCAUCCUCCCCGGCUCUUUGGGGAGCAGCGUGUUUGUGAAAACAAGCUACACAGCCCGCGGGAGCGUCGGGGUGCUGAGCUACGAGUCCAACGCUUUCACUCUGGCCAUCAUGUUCUCCAACCCCUUCGACCGUGUACUCUACAGCUCGGAGUUUGCCAUCCAGAUCUUCACUGGCAGGAAGCACUUCCGCAGCAUGGAGCACCUCUACAACUAUAUGUUCAGUGACGGCCCUCCCUAUACGUGCGAGUCCUACAGGAAAGUGAAACUCGAGGUCCAGGAUGGCGAGCUGGAGGUGACCAAUGAGGAGAUUCAGGUGAAGGGCAGCAUGUCCAACAAGGAUAAAUCCAUCAUUAAAGUGCAGAUUGAGCAAAAAGAUCGCUGCCCCUCCUAGCUGCCCACUCAGCCGACCCAGGCGGCUCAUGGAAAUGCCCCAGUGUGACAGACAAGGGGGCUGCUGGUUGGAAAUAGUGACUAUCUUUCUCCCAGCUUGAGUGGACAGUGAUGUGCUAGCUCUGCUCAAAUUAGUGCACUAAAAAUGGCCAGAACGGUGUGGUUGGUGGGAAGAGCUAGCUACCCAAGUGCACUCUCACCUGACCUCCUGGGUACGUUCUUGGGUGGCUAACCUGAGCUGCUGCCCGUACCACAGUGUCCACACUGCUAUUUUUAGUGCACUAGUGCAUGUCUGUCUACCCAGGCUGGGCAGUAUCCAGGACUCCAGGGUUUUGUCAUCAUUUUAUUAAAAAGUUUUCUUUCUUUCUUGCUUAUUUUUUAACCUCUGAAAUAACAGGUGUUGGCAUAUGAAGACCUGAACCUGAAGCAUUUAUCGUGGUGAUUAAACUCCCAGAAAGCUUUGCAAAAAGUAAUGCUAAAAAAGAUAACAUAGAAUUAUUAGCAAAUAAGAGCUAAACUUCUUGUAAGAAAACAAAAGCAUUCAAACAGCUGCUUGAUAGUUCUAGAAACAGAAAAAGCUUCCUCUCUUGCAGUUUAUAAAACGCAAGAGAUAAGAUCAGUACAAAUUUCAGCUACAGCAUACUCAGAAAACCCAGUAGAAUGUUAGAGAGGUCAAAGAGAGGUCGAGACAGUCAUGGAACAAACAGUUAGCUGUGGUAAAGCAGGACGCUUCCGCAAAUUAUGCAAACUGUGGACAGGUAACCUCUUAUGAAAACAACUGAAAUAUCGUGCUGCUGUAUGUAGUGUAUUAAAAUGCUUUGUUUUCUCUCUUUCUAUUUUUAUGAAUUCCUUCUUUUUUGACAUUUCCUUAAUGGGUACUUGCUUGUUUUCUUUCUUUUCUUUAAUUCUGCAUGUGCAAAGCAGACAUAAGCACAAACUUUUUUCCUAAAAUUUAUAAUUGGACUAAGUAAUAAGAUUUCAGUCUGACACCUCAUUAUUAUGUAUCUGUGUCUAACUUCAGUCAUUUAUUUUUACUUAGAGACCACUGUAAUUUUGGAUUUUUGUGUAUUAAGACUAAUUUAGCAAUUACCAGCUACUAAAACUAUUCUGCUGUUUUCUAAAAGGAACUGACCUUAGGGUUAUAAUUAUCUUGUAGUGUAUUUUUCAAAAUGUGGAAUUGUACUGUGUGCUGUUAAAGCUCUGUGAAAAUUUAUUAUGUAAUGGUUAACCUUGUUCUGUUGUUUCAAUGUACAUGCUUCUUAAAACUAACAAUUAUGUUAAAUCUAUUCUGUGCGUGUUACACACUCAGUUCCUGUAGUUGAAUUGCCUGAGUGAAAAUCACCACCUGAUAUGAAAAAGAGACUUUUUUUAUGUAACAUUAUACUAUGUUAAAUAAUUUGAUUGUCACUUCAAAGACUAAAAAAACUAUUAAUUUGGCUAUCUAUAUUUCAAGUAUAAAUGUGUUUUAUUCAUAACAAUCUGUAUCUAAAUGUUUCUUUUUCUCUACCCCUUCUUUUGGUCUAAAAAAAAAAGUCAAUUCUUUUGCAAAACCAAAUGUGCAAAAGAGGGAGGAUGGUGACGGAAACUACCCUUUAAGUGUAAACAAUCUGCAGUACUAGCAAAUCACAGUGGUAAAAAACACAAUACAUAAAAAGCAGGUGCAGAAAGAAAAAAAAUCCUGCUACAAGACUCACUUUUAAAAUCUUACAAAUCAAAUCAAUCUCAACAAGGAAGAAACGUUUAAAAAAAAAGCACCAAAGGAAUUACCAAUAUGCUAAACUUAAGUUAAAGAAACUUUACUGUAAACAAGUUCAGUAAAACUAAUUAUUUUAACCUUGCAAAAUCCAAACGUCAAUCUUGUAAUAUAAUUUCUAAGCAACAAAAUGUUAACUUUGUUUCUAAGCCUAAACUCCUGCCUUCUUUCUAUAUGUAUAGCAGUGCUCAUGAGGUGAGGAAAAUAACAGUAAAA